AUGACAAGAGCAAAAAGAACCGCUACAUCAGAGGCGCGAGGAUCAGCGGCAAUGGCGGAUGGGGGUAGCACGGGCGCGCAGGCGAGGCUUCCGGCGGCUGCAGAGGGCGGACGAGGGGAGAAGGCGCAGGUGGAGGGGUGGGGACAGGUGGGGACAGGCGGGAAAGGGGGGAAAAAGGGGGAAAGGUGUAGGAGGGCGUGCGCGCGAGAGGGUGCGUGGAGACGCGCUGUGGAGGGGUGGGUGAAGGCAGCAACUUUGGAGAGAAUUGGUGUGAGGCGCGCGAGCGUGGGCGGCAGUGCGAGUGCGGGGAGAGGGGGAGAUGGGGGAGGGGUGGAUGGGGGAGGAGGAGAGGGGGGAUGGGGAGGCGGGGACCUCAGGGUGAACGACGCAUGGGAGCAGGGAGCUGUGAGGCGGCGCAUCCCGAUCUCCCUCCGCAUCCCCCUCUCCCUCCGCAUCCCCCUCUCCCUCCGCAUCCCCAUCUCCCUCCGCAUCCCCAUCUCCCUCCCCAUCCCCCUCUCCCUCCGCAUCCCCCUCUCCCUCCGCAUCCCCCUCUCCCUCCGCAUCCCCCUCUCCCUCCCCAUCCCCCUCUCCCUCCGCAUCCCCCUCUCCCUACGCAUCCCCCUCUCCCUCCGCGUCCCCCUCUCCCUCCGCAUCCCCCUCUCCCUCCGCAUCCCCCUCUCCCUCCGCAUCCCCCUCUCCCUCCGCAUCCCCCUCUCCCUCCGCAUCCCCCUCUCCCUCCGCAUCCCCCUCUCCCUCCACAUCCCCCUCUCCCAUGUCGCUUCACACAUGCCCAUUCACCCAUAUCGUUUCUGCCUUCAUGCGCCCAUCCUCUUCUUCCACGCCUUUUACCAGCGUGACAUCACCAUUUCUCCUCUCGACAGUUCUUUCAGUGACUUCUCCAUUGAACAAUCAUUCCGCAACAAAUUCCUGUCACCUGCUGGCCUUGCCACACCCCUUGCAGUCACCUGCUGGCCUUGCCACACCCCUUGCAGUCACCUGCUGGCCUUGCCACACCCCUUGCAGUCACCUGCUGGCCUAGCCACCCCUCUUGCAAUCACUUCCGCCAACCACGGGGAGCGACGUGCUAGCAUCACUGAAGGAGGUCAAUCCUCUCCCCAGCCCCGCCCCCCUCCCACUUUAACUGCCCAUGCGCACGGUGCCAUGCGGCGGCGUGUGCUGGCAGGGCUGAAGGAGCUACCCACGCACAGGGAGCGAUGCGGCGGCGGGUGCUGGCAGGGCUGGCAGGGGCAGGCGGUGCGCAGCCGAAGGGCCAAGUUUGUGGUGCUGGCGCCUAACGUGGAGGAGGUGAGUGGGCAGGUGGUGUUGAUGUGGCCCUCAACACUUGCUCUCACCUUGGCAUCCGAUAGGAUGGACGUGAGGGCUCGUGGCUUUCUCCCGACGCCGCCUGGCCAAGGUGAGAGCAGGUGUUGA